AAGCUGCAUUUCUUCUUUAAUUCAAACUAAAACCCCAAAUCUCAAUAUCAACAUGGUCUCAAAAAAUCCGAACCCGCCAGACGGAUUCUACUUGGAUCCCAACAGAAUGGCAGUACCUGGACUAGGACCCUUCGCCACUGCAUCCACCACGUCUUCAUCGGAAGAUCCGUCUAAGAAGAUCCGAAAACCCUACACCAUCACCAAGUCCAGAGAGAGCUGGACCGAACCUGAACACGACAAGUUCCUCGAAGCUCUUCAACUCUUUGAUCGUGACUGGAAAAAGAUUGAAGCAUUUGUUGGAUCAAAAACGGUUAUUCAGAUACGUAGUCAUGCACAGAAAUAUUUUCUAAAGGUUGAGAAGAACGGAACAAAUGAACACUUGCCCCCUCCCAGGCCUAAAAGAAAGGCUGCUCAUCCAUAUCCUCAGAAAGCCACAAAAAAUGCCCCAAUGCUCUCACAGACUCCUGGAUCCUUUCAGUCAUCAACUGCUCUUCUUGAACCUGGAUUUGUUCGAAGGCCUGAUUCCACUUCAAUGCCUAUGAACCCUAUAACUAGUGCUGCUGCAGUUUCCUGGUCAAAUAAUUUGCCGGCAGUCGGCUUAUCAAAUCAAACAAAAGUGGCAGCAAAUAAUUGUAGUAGCAGCAGUGAGAGUGCUCCUAGAACAAAACCAAUUGGAGAAACAGCUGAGCUAGGGAAUCACGGCCAUUCAUUGAGAGUUCUGCCUGAUUUUGCUCAAGUAUACAGCUUCAUUGGCAGCAUCUUCGAUCCAAAUGCUGCCAAUCAUCUGCAGAAACUUAAAAAAAUGGACCCCAUAGAUGUUGAGACGGUGCUGUUGUUGAUGAGAAACCUCUCUAUCAAUCUGACCUGUCCUGAAUUUGAGGAUCAUAGAAGGUUGCUCUCAACUUAUGAGAUUGACACAGAAGCAAUUGGUGCAAACAAAACCCUUAAAGACAACAUACCAAAGAACGUUGCUCAAUUUGGGUGAGUAAUGAGAUCAAAUGAUGCUUCACCAUUGUUGGAUGUGCUUGAACUUCCAUGCACUUUUGCCACCCAAUACUGAACCACCAGAUGUGUCAGAUUGAAAGGCCACAUGUAGAAAUUGCAGCCGCUGGAUAUUAAUGGCAUCUGCUACAAUUUUUAUUGUUAUUAUUAUCAUUAGGUGAAUCCGUUUAUCAUGCCUUCACUUACAAGAAUUAUUCCGGAAUCAUGUAUAUAUUGGGGAAAACAAACUCGAGUGUAUAGUGAUCCAAGUUUAUGAGGUUUUCUUGUAUAGUGCUGAAUCACUGGUUUAUUCAAGUUCUUGACUAGUUUUUGACUCGAAGACGUGAAUUUGUGCAGGUUAACUUAGUUUAUCCUGUCUGGAAACCUUGUAAAUUUAUUGGUUGCGGAAUGAGCUUAAAAAUUUUGUA